CGUGCAGGGUAGCUAAACUGUAAUGUCCUAAUUUACAAAACACACGUCCAUUCUAUCCAUUCUGUAUUAGAAAGAAAAUUCUUUGUACUUGCCUACUUUGUUUUGACCUCAGUGAGAAACAAUUAACCAUUUGUAUUUACUGUACUUUCUACCUAUGAGUCAUAGUUAUCCUAUUUUUGUGGGGAUUUUUGGGUGAAUGCUGACUGUGUUCUUUCUGGCCUUACUACAUGUACAUUAUGUAAUCCACCUCUCUGUAGUGACCGACAGAGGAGGGUUUUUUUUUUUUUCCCACCAUUGCGGCGAAAAGAACUUUGUGCCUCAUUCAUGUCACUUGUCCUAUUUAACUUUACUCGGUGUUAGACCGGCAUUUCCAGCUGUGGAAUCUUCCCCUUUUCACACUGCAUUUAAACUCCACCAGACACUGACACUGACACCACAUCACGACACACUGAUUAUUCUGAUUCACAACUGUAGAAGAGCUAAAGAAAGAUGGUAAAACACGUCGUGUUUGUCUCUGUUCUGCUGCUGGUGCUGAUGCUGGCGUUGACUGAGAGCAGCCCAAGGAUGUGCUGCACACAGUACAAUGAAAAACCAAUUCCUGUCAAGUUCUUAAAAUACUACAAAGUCCAGGAGAUGAGAGGUUACUGCAACAUCAAGGCAGUUGUCUUUACAACACUGAAGAACAGAUUUGUAUGUGCCAACCCUAACUCAAAGUGGGUGCAGCGUGCCAUGGAGUCGGUGCCAGAGUAUGUCAGUUUCUUUAACCUACAAGUGAAGAAAUCCACCUAAGGAUACUGACAUUAUCAUAUCAAGUUUUAUUAAUUACUUUACUGCCUGCAAUAAAAAAAUAAAUAUUUUUUACAACAAGA